UUUCCUUUAACAGUUGUCUCACAUUCUCUCUCUUCCUCUCUCUAGAGAUUUCUGAAUAUCUCUGAUAUUUAUAGAGCUUUCAUUCGUCUUCAACUUUUUGCCCCUCCUUUCUUCUUAUCGUGCCUUCCCGUUGCUCGAAUUCCUGCACGUUCUUCGGAAUUCAGAAGCCGAAAACGAUUUUCGUAUCGGUUGGAUUCCUUUCCGAGGCUGAAUUUUACGGUUGAUCCAAAUCUCGGAGCUAUGUUUGACAUUUGAUCCUAGUUUUUAUGGUGAAUAGCUAUUGAUAAAGUGGAUUUCGAAGCUCCGUACAGUUUCUUGUUUAUUGCAUGUCGCUUCGAAUCGCCCUGGAUUUGUAGUGUUUUGGAGAUUCAAAAGCUCUUGAAAUGGACAGUUCGGAGACAUAGAUUCAGGAGAUAAAAGAAAUCUGAAUCUCUUGUCUUUCAAUCCUUAUAACCUUUAUUAUCACGCUCAUUGCAAAUUGAUUGGUUCGAAAAGAGGCGGGUAAAAAUGACUGGAGUUUUGAGCUAUGCCGUUUCAAGGUUACAAAUGCUAUCCACUUCCGACCACUCCUCGAUUGUCUCUAUGAACCUGUUUGUGGCUCUCCUUCUUGCCUGUAUUGUGAUUGGCCAUCUUCUCGAGGAGAAUCGAUGGAUGAACGAGUCGAUCACUGCCCUCAUAAUCGGUGUGUGCACUGGAAUUGUUAUUUUGCUCAUUAGCGGGGGAAAAAGUUCGCAUCUUUUAGUUUUCAGCGAAGAUCUCUUCUUUAUAUAUCUCCUGCCUCCUAUCAUAUUUAAUGCAGGGUUUCAGGUGAAAAAGAAGCAGUUCUUUGUUAACUUUAUCACUAUCGUGCUGUUUGGUGCUGUUGGUACAUUAAUAUCCUGCACCAUUAUAGCUCUAGGAGCUACACAGUUUUUCAAGAAAUUGGAUAUCGGUACCCUGGAUGUGGGGGAUUAUUUAGCUAUUGGUGCUAUAUUUGCUGCAACGGAUUCUGUGUGUACGUUGCAGGUGCUUAACCAAGAUGAGACACCUUUACUCUACAGUCUUGUUUUCGGAGAGGGUGUUGUCAAUGAUGCUACAUCCGUGGUGCUUUUCAACGCGAUACAGAACUUUGACCUUACUCGUAUUAAUUCCCAAAUUGCUUUUAAGUUCAUCGGAAAUUUCCUAUAUUUGUUUGCCACAAGCACUUUGCUAGGAGUGUUCACUGGACUACUUAGUGCUUAUAUUAUCAAGAAGCUCUAUUUUGGGAGGCACUCUACUGACCGUGAGGUUGCUCUUAUGAUGCUCAUGGCAUACCUUUCAUAUAUGCUGGCUGAAUUGUUCUAUCUGAGUGGCAUUCUCACGGUUUUCUUCUGUGGGAUUGUCAUGUCUCAUUACACCUGGCAUAAUGUGACUGAGAGUUCAAGAAUCACUACCAAGCACACAUUUGCGACCUUGUCAUUUGUUGCUGAGAUUUUUAUCUUCCUUUAUGUUGGUAUGGAUGCCUUGGAUAUUGAAAAGUGGAGAUACGUGAGUGAUAGUCCUGGAACAUCAGUGGCAGUUAGUUCAACUGGAAGAGCAGCAUUUAUUUUCCCCUUAUCUUUUCUGUCCAACUUAGCCAAAAAAAAUCCACAUAAAAAAAUCAGCUUGAGAGAGCAAGUUAUAAUAUGGUGGGCUGGUCUCAUGAGAGGUGCAGUGUCUAUGGCACUUGCUUAUAAUCAGUUUACAAGGGCAGGUCAUACUCAAUUGCGGGCAAAUGCAAUUAUGAUCACCAGCACAAUAACUGUUGUUCUUGUUAGCACAGUGGUUUUUGGUUUGAUGACCAAACCUCUUAUAAGGUUCUUGCUACCACAUCCAAAACACACAACCAGUAUGACCAUAUCUGAUCCAUCUUCUCCAAAAUCUUUCCUUACGCCACUUCUUGAAACUGGGCUGGAUUCAGAAGCUGAUCUAGGUCUUGGUGGCCAUGAGCAUGAUGUUCCCCGGCCUAAUAGCAUUCGUGCUCUGCUGACAACUCCAACACGCUCUGUUCAUCGCUAUUGGCGUAAGUUCGAUGAUGCCUUUAUGCGUCCGGUAUUUGGCGGCCGGGGUUUUGUUCCUUUUGUUCCUGGCUCACCAACCGAACGUAGUGCUCCUCCUGCUCAAUGGGAAUGAGGAAACAAUGGAGCAAGUUGUAAAAUAGUUGUGUAUAUCUUGUAAAAUUCGAGUAAUGCACGACUCUACAGAAACUUCCGAAAAUUUUUGUUCAUCUUUUGGGCGGUGAGAAGGCACUGUACCAUAUCUUAUCGUCACUUUCAUUCGUAUCAUGUAUUUUGUAUAGCUUUUUCGUUUGCCCCAAGCGACUAGAGGGGAAUUUGUUUGAUUCUCGCUGUCUUGUUGACAACUUAAUUUCUCUCGAGUUUAAUGUUUUGCAUCUUAUUUUUUCCCCAAAAAGUGUAACGUAACAUUAUAGUUGAUGCGUUGUUUCCAGAUUCAUAUCUUUAUUGAAUA